AUGUCUACAACAUCACAAUCAUCAGAAAUAGACAUUACUCAAUUUCAUACUGUAACUGAAGGGAAAGCAACUAUUCUUUUCCCUAAAAAGAAUGAAGUAUUUUAUAAUCCCGUUCAACAGUUUAAUCGUGACAUGUCGAUCGCUGCCAUACGUACUUGGAGUGAAAUAUUCAACCAAGAAAAGGCUGAACGUUUAGAAAAAAAGCUUGCCAGGGCAAAAGAUGAAAAAUCAAAAAAUAUACUUCAGGAAAAAAUAGAUGCAGUCAAAAAUUCCAAUAAUUUCACAAUUCUUGAAGCGCUUGCAGCUAGUGGGUUGAGAUCGAUUCGAUAUGCAAAAGAAAUCCCAAAGUUAAAACAAGUAGUAUGCAAUGAUAUUGAAGAAGACGCUAUACAAGCUAUUAAGCGUAAUGUAAAGUAUAAUGGUCUAACUGAAGAUCUCGUGAAACCCAAUCAUGGCGAUGCUAUGCGUGUUAUGUAUGAUACAGUAGGCACAAAUGAAAAAUAUGAUGUGAUAGAUUUAGAUCCUUACGGUAGUGCUGCACCUUUUGUUGAUGGAGCUGUUCAAGCAGUGUCAGAAGGGGGUCUAUUAUGUGUUACAUGUACUGAUCUUGCUAUCUUGACAGGUGCAAUGCAUCCUGAAACUUGUUUUGGUAAAUAUGGUGGUAUGCCUUUGAAAAACAUGUUUCCACAUGAAAUAGCUCUUCGUUUAGUUUUACAAAUGUUACAGACUUCAGCUGGUCGAUAUAAGAGACAUAUUGUACCCCUUUUGUCAUGUAGUAUUGAUUUUUAUUUACGUGUCUUUGUGCGUGUAUACACAUCACCUCAAGGAGUAAAGAAAUCAGCUAGUCGAAUGGCAAUUGCAUAUGAAUGCUCUGGUUGUCAUGCUUAUUCUACUCAGUCACUUGGUAAGGUUUCAUUAAAAGAGAAUGGUGCUGAAAGACAUACACCUGGUUCAGGUCCAACCGUCAACACUUUCUGUGAGCAUUGCAGUAGUACGCAUCAUAUUGGUGGACCCGUUUGGGGGGAUAAAAUUCAUGAUGAUGAAUUUGUUGCCAGGAUGCUUCAACAUGUGAAAGAGAAUGAAACAAAUUACGGCACCUCUGCACGAAUGAAGGGUAUGUUAUCAGUUAUUAAAGAAGAAAUACAUGUUCCCUUUUAUUGGACUCUUGCCAGAUUGUGCAGUACAGUACAUUGUAAUACUAUUCCAAUGAUGGAUCUCUAUUCUGCUAUUUUAAAUGCGGGUUAUCAAGUAUCUGCUUCACAUGCAGCUAAGCAAUCCAUCAAGACAAAUGCGCCACCCUCUGUUAUGUGGGAUAUUAUGCGAGCUUGGGUUAAAAAGCAUCCUGUAGUCAUGAAUAAUAUUGCAGAAAAUUCACCAGCAAGGAGGAUUCUUGCUAAGGAGCCAACAAUUGAAGUUGAUUUCACAAGACAUCCUAAAGCAAUGCCUGAAUCAAAGCAUGAACAUUUAGUACGCUAUCAAGUAAACCCUACUCCUAACUGGGGCCCUAAAGCUAGAGCUGGUCAAAAAAGAAAGACAGACGAACAAGUAUUCUAA